AUGGAACGCGUCCAAUUCCAACAGGAGCAGAUGCUCCCCGAGUUGAAAGACUUGGUGGAGAAGAAUCUGUUCACUGAAAAAGAGAUAAAACAAAUCAUCAAGCAACGCACCGUCUUCGAGUCUUCUCUCGUCCGCAGAGUCGCCAAAAAGUCAGAUUACAUACGGUAUAUCUCCUACGAGAUGGACCUGGAAAAACUACGCAAGAAGAGAAUAGAGCGGUUAGAUCUUCCCAAAAGCCCUUCAACUAUCUCGGACUAUGCCUUCGUCCGGCGCCAGUUCCUCAUCUUCGAACGAGCUCUAAAACGGUUCAAAUCUGAUAUCGGCCUCUGGACUCAAUAUAUUCAGGUGGCCAAACGUGAAGGCGCCAGAGCCCUUGUUGGGCGCGUCACCGCCAGAGCCCUGCAACUGCACCCCAAUAAUCCCAUAUUCUACGUGCUCGCCGCAGCCCAUGAACUUGAUAAUCUCUCUCCUUCGACCGCCCGCUCCCUCCUUCAACGCGGCAUCCGCGUCAAUCCAGACAGCGUUGAAUUAUGGAAAGAGUAUGUGAAGAUGGAACUUGGAUUUAUCGAGAGUUUGCGACGUCGGUGGGAAGUCUUGGGUAUCAGGGCCUUUGCGGAUGGAACCCUGAAGGGAAAAGAGAAAGCCGUGGAGGAGGAUUCGGAUCCGAGUGCCUUCCUUCAAGGUCUACAGGAUGACGACGAUGUUAUCAUGGGACCCCCGGGCAUCAACCAGGGCACGAAUGAGGCAGAAGAACCGGAAGCUGUCGAGGGUGAUGAAGGUCGUCGCCAGAUUAUGGAAGGUGCUAUUGUGAAAUCUGUCAUCCAAAGUGCCGCUCAAGCGCUACCGAAGGUGGAGCUCUUCCUGGCCCUCGAGACUGUCAUCUCGGAAUUCCCGUCACCCCCGACUUUACAGGAGUCCCUCUUAGAAUAUCUAUAUGAUGUUCUGGGAGAAACUCUACCUCGGGACCCGAAGUCCAUGGAGUUGAGAACCCACCGCUGGUUGGGACGGGGCUCUAAACAUGGAAUUGAAUUGGUGGAUGGUUUGCGAAAAGCGAAUGAAGAAAUGCUGAAGACCAUUGGUGACUCCAAGGACGAAGCCUUACUGGAAUCGUACGCCAACUUUGUGGAGAAUUGGUACUCGCGAGUUGAUGAUGACAGCCUGAAAACCUAUCUUAUCGCGUCGUUGAAGGGACUGGUUCAGAUGACCAAGUCGUCGCCAUCACUCCUUGCGACCCAUAUUUGUUUGUUGAUGCAAACGCCGUCCGUCUCCCCUGCCAAGGUUCGACGGACUGCCCAAAAGUACACAUCCAGAGUACCGCAGUCCUCACGGGUGUGGCUAGAACGGCUCAAGGCUGAGAAGGUUGUGGGUACACAGGAGGGCGAUGAUACCGCGGUGCUGAGCGUAUGGUCAGAAGCAAGAAGACAGGUUGCAGGCAGCGAAGAAGAUGUGACGCCGGUCUGGCUCUGGGGCAUCGAACAGUUGUCCAGGGAGGACCUCGACGGUAGGAAGCGACUGCAUGAGGAGAGCUUGCGGGCUUCCUGCCACCAAGGCGUACACGAGGUGCUCCUCAUGCAUUAUGUCACGGUGCUUGAAGAGGCAUGCAGAACGCCGGAGUCCGGAUUGACAUCGGAUCAACCGCAUGGGUGGAGGAAAUGGCUAGAUGCAGUCCGCCAUAUGGCAAGUGGAUAUCUCACGACUGGGCAGGUUUGGAAACGGGUUUUCGAGGUUGUCGCUGGAGGAAACGAGGAAGAGGAGAGUGGGGGUAAAGGGACCGACGAGAAGAGGAUGGUUCUGGAAGAAAUCUAUGGCUACUGGCGCCAGAAGGACGAAGUUGGGGCUAGGACAGCAUGGGCCAAGUGGCUGCUUGAGUAUGGGAAGGGAAUCGAAGCGAGCAAGGUGGUAGCGCAGGGACGCCAGUGCUUGAGCGCAGAAGAUUCGGCCGAACUGGAGAAACGGUGGAUGGAAACACUAGGUAGCAAUACGUUGAUAGUAGGCGAUAAUUGA